GGCAUCAACACACUAGAAUCGAGAUUGGUCUCUGGCAUUGCGGAUUGAGUCACAGACAAGCGCCACACACGAGUUGAGGUGCGCAAAAGCAAAAGUGCGCUGUUAACUGGGCGCUGUAGCUUUUCUGGGUCGCCGCCGUCCCCACCGCUGCGCAUCAAUCAAAACUCUGCCCAGCGCAAAACCGCUCCGUCCGCCGGCGCGCCGCGUAAAAAUGGUCCGCGGCCUCACCAGCGACAGCGACGACAGCGACGCGCCGUCGCCGCGCCCGAUAGCGAAGAAGAAGCCCAAGCGGCGCUACUCAGCCGCCGACCCGCUCGCGACCUCCGAGUCCGAGGACGAGAGCCCGCCGCCGCGGCCCGUGGCGCGCAAGAAGACGAAGCCAGCGCCCGCGCCCGAAGUCAAACGCGAGGCAGUCAAGGUCGAAAAGAAGCCGGUCGAGCUCGAGCCGCGACCGAAGCCGCAGCCGGCCAAGCGCAAGCCGGCUCCCGCCCCGAAGCCGCCGCCGAAGCGCAAGAAGCCGGCGCCGCCGGCCGCGGACGACGAGGAGAAGGAGCUCCAGACCAAGACCGCGACGGCGGCCGUGGCGCUCUGGUGCCGCGUCAAGGACCUCGAGGAGAAGAAAAAGCGCCUCAAGCGCGUCUUCGACAAGCUCCCGAAGGCCCUGGCCGACGCGGCCAAGGAGGCGCUCAAGCGCAAGGAGACGGCCGAGGAAGCCGAUGCCAAGGAGGCCGCCGCGGCCGCGGACGCCGCCAUGGCUGCCCUGCGCGCCGCCGACGAGCCCGAGGCGUUCGACGAGCUCGCGGAGCCCGAGAACCCAGUAGCGGGCGACGCCGCGGACGAGCCCGUCGCGACGCUGCGCGGGCCCGUGUCGGCGAGCGUGCUGGCGGCGCUGACGGCUCCGGCGCCGGCGGCCGAGGUGCCGUCCGCGGGGACGGCCAGCGUGCUGCCGAAGAACAUCGUCGAGUGCGUGCUCAUCAAGCGCAAGGCCGAGUUGCUAGGUGCACUCGAUAUCAAGUCGCUGAGCGCGGUCUUCCAGACGUCCAGCACGCUCGCGGCGCUCGCCGACGACGCGUCGACCUGGCACCGGGUCUACGCUGCUCGAAGAGCGGCGCCGCGCGCGGCGCCCGACGCCGGCCUCGCGAUGCAGACCGAGGAGCAGGAUUACGCGCCGCUCAUCCCGGCCCCCUUCGGCGGCGGCGGUGGAGGCGGCGGCGCAAUGGACGACGACGACGUCCAGCUCAUGGCCGCGCCGGCCGCGGCGCCCGUGCACGCGAUGAUCAUCGAUGACGACGAAGCCCCCGCCGAACCGGAGCCGGGGGUCACGACCGUCGACGAGGCGCUCGGCGGCCACGAAGCCACGGCCACCGCGAAGAAGGCAUUGCUGCGCGCCGAAGACGUGACGGAAGAAGCGCUAGGCGAGGACCCGGGCGACGCGCACGUGAUGCUGUCCGUGACGAACGCGUCGGCCGGCCGGCCGCGGGCGCUCGAGGCGGGCGUGUACGGCAUUUCCGACGAGGAGCGCGCGGCGCUGGACAAGGUGCUCGAGCCCGCGGGCGUCCGGUCCUCGUUCAAGUCGCCCGGCGCCAGCAGCGGCGGCGGCCCGCAAUAUCGCCCCGAAGACGCGGAGCAGAUCUUUGUCGACGCUGGUGGCGGCAUGGCCGGCACCCUCGAGGUCUGCCGGCGGGCCGAGGCGGCGCAAGAUGCCAAGGGCGGCGACGAUGACGAAGAGGGUCUGCCGCCGCUCAUCUUCGAGGAUCCGAACGGUCUACUGAAGCCGGAGAAGAAGGCCGUGGUGCGCAUCACGUUCCGGGGCCAGCGCGACCGCGACAACGAGGUGCCGCCCGAUUUAGAUCUAGCCAUCGCGAUCAAGGAGUGCUCGCUUGAACUGAAGGACCAGGAUGCGGCGCUCGAGGCCAUCAAGGAUGACCUGCGCCAGUGGGAGAACGCGACGUUCAAGGUCGAGAACGGCACGGUCAAGGUCGGCAAGUGGACGCCGCCGCAGCACGGCCCGGUGCUCGAGGUGAACAAGGACCUCUGGUGGGACGCGUUGGACGACGCCCAGCGCGAGGCAGUCAUUCGCGCGGGGUUCGUCCGCAUGAUGCACGCCAAAAAGGAGCACAUGCGCCUGACGGUCAAAGAAGCCUCCGCGGCGCCGUACGCCCUCGACAGCGCCCGGAACAACGGCCGCGUCCGCGUCGCGGCGACGAUCCAGGGCAAGACCGUGCGUGGCGAAGCUUGCCGCUACGACGCGUACGAGAGCUCCUGAACUGUAAGUGUACUCAAUAGA